AUGGUUGCCACAGGUUCGGAAAUCGAGUCGCAACGUUCGACGAAAAGUUUGGUCGAAAAAUCCACCAUCACCAAAAAUGAGUCCACCAUCACAAAAUCUACAACUUCUGCUGUCGAAGUUCCAGCAGUCGCAGGUUCAGCCGAUGAUCGAGGUGGAUUUGGAAAUGGCAUCGAAUUUGUGCUGACUUGUUUGGGAUUGUCGGUCGGAUUGGGAAAUAUUUGGAGAUUUCCAACGAGGGCUUAUGAGAAUGGUGGAUGUUAGUUGGAUUUUUGGAGUUUUAUGGGAAACCCUGGGCCUAGAAAUCUGACAAGAGGACCGAUUUGCUGUCCAAAAUGAUCUGAUCUGAAUCGAUUCAAUUUUUCUCAAAAAAUAUUUCAUUUCACACAAAACACGCCAGCAUCAAAACACUGACGCGUUUUGUGUUGGCGCAUCCUCAAUUUUUAUUUUCUUUUUUUUUCGCCACGCACACGUAUUUUCAAGCGAGGAAAUCGCUGAAAAAACUACGGUGUGAACCCCUACGUGUGUGGUGCAUUUGUGCGUCAGCGUGUUUGCACACAAAAUGUCUCUGCGCAAUAGCGUCUCUCUUUUUCGCACGCUCUCUCUUAAAGGAAAUUUUUUCGAAAAACCAAUUGGGUCCCGUAACGAAUACCGCGAGAAAAAAGUUACACUAAAUCCACCACUCGAACCUUAUUUCGAUGCAGUUUUUUACGUAGAUUCGAAUGGUGUAUGUAACUUUUUAUAUGGUUCAGCCAAUCUGAGUUUUUUCAUUACAAACGGUUCAUGUCCCUUUAAACUGGCGUUGCCGUUUUUUCUUCAGAAAAAAAAUGCGUGCGCACACAUUCAGGCGGCAGUCCACCGAAAACACUACUGUCUGAAAAGACAAAAGUGUGUAAUUGUGCGUCGCCGUGUUUACACCAAAAUUCAAAAAAAAUUCAAAAAAAUGUCUGCGUCUCUCUGUUUUCAACGCUAUUUUUUCAAGGCGCAACUGGUCGAAACUUUUUUGGGUCUUUUGACUCUCGCAGAACUACCAAGAGAAAAAAUCUGAGCCAUUCACCACAAGAAGCACUAUUCUGGGGUAGAAUGGAACGGGGAUUUCAGUGGUGUAAUCAGUUUUUCAUGAAAAUAAGUUUUUUCCACUGCUAGAGACUGCAGAAGGUUCGUGUCCCUUUAAACGAUGGACUGCCGCCUUUUGCUUUGGAAAUGUGUGCGUGUUCGGGAGGUUUUUCAGGGUUUUGUGGGGUUUUCUAACGUUUCUGGCCCCAAAAAUAUUUCAAAAAACCUAGUUUGGUGUAAAUUCGUUAUCCUUCUCUCCCAUCUCAAAACCACCACUAAACUAAAAUCAAAAUUUCCAGCCGCCUUCCUCAUUCCAUAUCUAACAUGCGCAAUUCUCUUCGGUCUCCCAGCAAUCUACAUCGAAUUCCUAGCCGGACAAUAUCAAGGUGUUUCUCCACCAAUCGUAUUCCGCAGAAUCGCCCCAAUUCUCGAAGGAGUUGGCUGGAUGUCGACGAUUGUGUCAGCGUGUGUUUCGAUUUAUUACAUUGUGAUAGUUUCGUGGGUCUGUAUUUAUAUUGUGAAUGUUUUUCGUGGCGAUAUCAAUUUUUGGAAUCGUUGUGACAAUCCGUGGAAUAAUCCGGCGACUUGUAUCGAAAUGAUGAAUCAGAAAUUAUGCAAAUCCGAUCAACCGCCAGGCUGGAACAUUUCGGUUGGAAGUCUCCCCGAAAACAUGAUUUAUUUCAACGGGACUUGUAGAGAUGUUCAAGAAUUUGUGGGUAUCUCAUUUGUCAGUGGAACUGAACAAUAUAUGAUGAAAAAUGUUAUAAAUCAUUCAACUGGUCUACUCGAUAUCAACCAUAUUAAUUGGCCAAUUUUAGGAGCUAUGGCAUUUUGCUGGUUUGUCACUGCAAUGUUGAUUUUGAACGGGAUGAAAAUUAUGGGAAAGAUUAGCUAUGUGACAGUUAUUUUGCCGUAUGUUUUGGUGAUUAUUUUGUUUUUCCGAGGAAUUACGUUGGAUGGGGCUAGCGAUGGGCUUUACUAUUAUUUUGGAAAUCCGGAUUAUGGGAAAUUGUUGAUGGCAAAAACGUGGACCGAGGCACUCAAACAACUUUGUUUUUCACUUUCUGUUGGACAUGGCGGAUUGAUGUCGAUGGCUUCGUAUAGCAAGAAAUCCAAUAAUUGUUUCAAGGUAGAAUUUUGCUGAUAAAUUUUACCAAAACCUAAAUUCUUCCAGGAUGCUCUUAUCAUAAUAGUCGGUGAUACAAUGAUGUCUCUAAUUGGUGGCGCCGCAGUUUUCUCAACUCUUGGCUUCCUUGCCAAACAACGAAAUGUUGCAGUCCCAGAAGUUGUCGAAUCCGGCUUAUCAUUGGCUUUUGUAGUUUAUCCCGAAGCAAUGACACAAAUGCCGGUUUCGUGGCUUUGGGCUUUUCUCUUCUUCACAAUGCUAUUUCUGUUGGGAAUUAGUUCGGAAAUUGCGUAUGUUGAAGUGUUUUGCACGUGUUUAUAUGAUCAAAAGAAGGAAUUGCGGAAGAAGCGGUGGUUGGUGGUUGGUGGAUGGUGUACACUGCUGUUUUUGGCUGGUGUCAUUUUUUCAACUGAUGUGGGUCGAGUUUUCAACGGGGGAUUUUUAAAUUCACAAACUUCGCGCACUUUUGAAAAGUUGAAUUUUUGAUCAAGGGAAAAUUUGAUGUCAAGUAACCAUGUCUGGACUCUGGCAAGGAGCCGCGCCUUGAGAACUUCAAUACCAAGUAGCUGCGCCUAACAAGGGAACUGUUCCAACUUACAAUCGAGAUUUUUGAUAAGAUAUAUGUUUUCUAGUAGUUUUCGACCCGCUGAUCACGAUCCCGCUGUCUAAAACUGCAAAGCUCGACUCCUAACAUGAGUUAUGACGUGGCAAAGUUGGAAAAUUUUGAAAAAUUGGGACUUUGAAGGGUCCAAACUCGCCUUCAAUAUUAUUUUCAUGCAAAUCUAAUAGCAUAUGGUUGUUCAGGAAGGUCGAUUAUUUAUGUAAUCGAGCCUCCUGAACAACCCUAUGCCAUCAUAUUUUCAUAAAAAUAAUUUUGAAGGCGGGUUCGGAGCCUCCAAAGUCCUAAUUUUUCAAAAUUUUCCAACUUUGCCACGUCAUAACUCAUGUUAAGAGUCGAGCUUUGCAGUUUUAGACAGCGGAAUCGUGAACAGCGGGUCGAAAACUACUAGAAAACAUAUAUAUCAUUAAAAAUCUCGAUUGCAAGUUGAAACAGUUCCCUUGUAAGGAGUUCAAUUGUGAAGGAUCAGUGCCUACAUAGCCUAGUUCUAAUAAUUUCCAUGUUUUCCAUACCCCCAACCAAAUAUGUUUGAUUUCAGGCUGGUCUGUACUGGUUCCAAUUAUUUGACGAAUACGCCGCCGGUUUUUCAUCAGUUUGUGCAGUCACAAUCGAAGUUAUCGCAAUUGCCUAUAUCUACGGACAUCGCAAUUUCAAAAUGGAUAUUUUCGAAAUGAUCAAAUUCCCAAAACUCAAAAUCUUUGAAUAUAUCGGCGCGCAUUCGCCGUAUUUCCUUCUAAAUUGGCGUUUCAUUUUGCCGCCAAUCGGAUGUGUUUUGAUUGCACUGUCUUUUGAUCGAGACUAUCCGUUUAUGGGAAACGCGACGAUUUAUCCGCCGAUUUUUGAUUUUUUGGGAUGGAUGUUGGCGUUUUUGCCACUUUUGAUGAUUCCGAUUUUUGCUGUACGAAAUGUGCUAUAUUUUAAAAAGAAUCAAUUUGUGAGUGGUUUUUUCAAAAAUUUGAACUAGCGCCCAAAGUUCUAAUUUGAUCAAUUUCCACAUUUUUUUCAGGACAAAGCUGGCCUUUUCGUUCUUCAAAAACAACACGUCUCAUUUCCACGUAUCUCCCAAAAAUAUACUACGAAGAAACUAGAAUUGGUCGGAAAAUUGCCCGAUUUCGAACCAUGGACAAAUUCUUCAAAAGAUACGCCGCUUUUGAGCGAAAAGAGUGAAAAGAGCCAAAAGAGUGAAAAAAGUAGUAAAAAAUGA